AUGGUGAAGUGUAAGAAAUGCAAUAAGGCCAUGUCGAACGCGAAACAGGAGACUAGUAAAUGUAAAAGUUCAUGUAAAGCGGUCUUCCAUAAAGAAUGCGUUACGAGAGCUACCUUCAAAAAUGAAAAAUGUGAAGAUUGUGUUUCCCUGCCAGGAUCCCAUACCGGUUUGCCUACUGUUGAUGAACCGGAGAUUGGUGUACAAAAUGGAAAAGAAACUGACGACACAGUGAGCCUUAUAGCUCUAGAAAUAUACAAGAGAUCAGCCAGUAACACAGUGUGCCUUAUAGCUCUAGGAAUAUACAAGAGAUCAGCCAGUGACACAGUAUGCCUUAUAGCUCUAGGAAUAUACAAGAGAUCAGCCAGUAACACAGUGUGCCUUAUAGCUCUAGGAAUAUACAAGAGAUCAGCCAGUGACACAGUGUGCCUUAUAGCUCUAGGAAUAUACAAGAGAUCAGCCAGUGACACAGUGUGCCUUAUAGCUCUAGGAAUAUACAAGAGAUCAGCCAGUAACACAGUGUGCCUUAUAGCUCUAGGAUUAUACAAGAGAUCAGCCCGUGACACAGUGUGCCUUAUAGCUCUAGGAAUAUACAAGAUAUCAGCCAGUGACACAGUGUGCCUUAUAGCUCUAGGAAUAUACAAGAGAUCAGCCCGUGACACAGUGUGCCUUGUAGCUCUAGGAAUAAACAAGAGAUCAGCCAGUGACACAGUGUGCCUUAUAGCUCUAGGAAUAUACAAGAGAUCAGCCAGUGACACAGUGUGCCUUAUAGCUCUAGGAAUAUACAAGAGAUCAGCCAGUGACACAGUGUGCCUUAUAGCUCUAGGAAUAUACAAGAGAUCAGCCAGUGACACAGUGUGCCUUAUAGCUCUAGGAAUAUACGAGAGAUCAGCCAGUAACACAGUGUGCCUUAUAGCUCUAGGAAUAUACAAGAGAUCAGCCAGUGACACAGUGUGCCUUAUAGCUCUAGGAAUAUACGAGAGAUCAGCCAGUAACACAGUGUGCCUUAUAGCUCUAGGAAUAUACAAGAGAUCAGCCAGUGACACAGUGUGCCUUAUAGCUCUAGGAAUAUACGAGAGAUCAGCCAGUAACACAGUGUGCCUUAUAGCUCUAGGAAUAUACAAGAGAUCAGCCAGUGACACAGUGUGCCUUAUAGCUCUAGGACUAUACAAGAGAUCAGCCAGUAACACAGUGUGCCUUAUAGCUCUAGGAAUAUACAAGAGAUCAGCCAGUAACACAGUGUGCCUUAUAGCUCUAGGAAUAUACAAGAGACCAGCCAGUGACACAGUGUGCCUUAUAGCUCUAGGAAUAUACAAGAGAUCAGCCAGUGACACAGUGUGCCUUAUAGCUCUAGGAAUAUACAAGAGAUCAGCCAGUGACACAGUGUGCCUUAUAGAUCAAGGAUUAUACAAGAGAUCAGCCCGUGACACAGUGUGCCUUAUAGCUCUAGGAAUAUACAAGAGAUCAGCCAGUGACACAGUGUGCCUUAUAGCUCUAGGAAUAUACAAGAGAUCAGCCAGUGACACAGUGUGCCUUAUAGCUCUAGAAAUAUACAAGAGAUCAGCCAGUGACACAGUGUGCCUUAUAGCUCUAGGAAUAUACAAGAGAUCAGCCAGUAACACAGUGUGCCUUAUAGCUCUAGGAAUAUACAAGAGAUCAGCCAGUAACACAGUGUGCAUUAUAGCUCUAGGAAUAUACAAGAGAUCAGCCAGUAACACAGUGUGCCUUAUAGCUCUAGGAAUAUACAAGAGAUCAGCCAGUAACACAGUGUGCCUUAUAGCUUUAGGAAUAUACAAGAGAUCAGCCAGUAAUACAGUGUGCCUUAUAGCUCUAGGAAUAUACAAGAGCUCAGCCAGUAACACAGUGUGCCUUAUAGCUCUAGGAAUAUACAAGAGAUCAGCCAGUAACACAGUGUGCCUUAUAGCUCUAGGAAUAUACAAGAGAUCAGCCAGUGACACAGUGUACCUUAUAGCUCUAGGAAUAUACAAGAGAUCAGCCAGUAACACAGUGUGCCUUAUAUCUCUAGGAAUAUACAAGAGAUCAGCCAGUGACACAGAGUGCCUUAUAGCUCUAGGAAUAUACAAGAGAUCAGCCAGUAACACAGUGUGCCUUAUACCUCUAGGAAUAUACAAGAGAUCAGCCAGUGACACAGUGUGCCUUAUAGCUCUAGGAAUAUACAAGAGAUCAGCCAGUAACACAGUGUGCCUUAUAGCUCUAGGAAUAUACAAGAGAUCAGCCAGUAACACAGUGUGCCUUAUAGCUCUAGUAAUAUACAAGAGAUCGGCCAGUAACACAGUGUGCCUUAUAGCUCUAGGAAUAUACAAGAGAUCAGCCAGUGACACAGUGUGCCUUAUAGCUCUAGGAAUAUACAAGAGAUCAGCAAGUAACACAGUGUGCCUUAUAGCUCUAGGAAUAUACAAGAGAUCAGCCAGUAACACAGUGUGCCUUAUAGCUCUAGGAAUAUACAAGAGCUCAGGACUGUGCUGCAGGCUGACUUCAAUAAUAUUACGCGGUGGGCUCCUGAGAAUGGUAUGA